UUAUCAAAAAACAUUAACAAGGAAUUACUGCCAGAACAUAGGCUUAUUGUGACUGUGAGCGAAAGAGGCGAGAGCUGCACUGAACACAACACUACUAUACCUGCGGUGACCAGUGUUUAGCUAAAAACAGGUUUAAGGGAAGAUUUAGUGCUUGGAUUUGUUUUUUCCUAUGUUGAUUGCUUGCGCCUUGUUGAUUUGAGGCACAUUGAAAACACUACUGUUUGGGUUUGUUGAUUUUGACAAAACAGCUAUUUCAGUGCUGGUUCUGAGUUAGAAAAGAUACGCAUCUUAUUCUACCUUAUACGGAGUGUGUCGUCUUUGUUUUUUCAUUUUUGGCCGUUGCAGAAAACAAUUUGUGGUUCUUUGAAAUAAAAUAGCAUGGAGGACAAGUUCAGAAUCAAGAAAGAUGUUACUGAAUUGAUUGGCAAUACCCCAAUGGUUUAUCUCAACAAUGUUGUUGAUGGCUGUGUAGCCCGCAUUGCUGCCAAGCUAGAAAUGAUGGAACCUUGCUCUAGUGUCAAAGACAGAAUUGCACACAGCAUGAUUCAAGAUGCAGAGGAGAAGGGUCUAAUCACACCAGGAAAGACUGUUCUCAUUGAGCCUACAAGUGGCAAUACCGGUAUUGGGUUGGCAUUCAUAGCAGCAAUUAAGGGUUACAAGCUUAAACUUACCAUGCCAGCUUCAAUGAGUCUUGAAAGAAAAAUUAUACUUCGAGCCUUUGGAGCUGACGUGUAUCUUACAGAUCCUGCAAAGGCCUUUAAAGGGGGUCUAGAUAAGGCUUUAGAGCUGCUAAAGAACACACCUAACAGUUAUAUGCUUCAGCAAUUCGAAAACCCUGCCAAUCCUAAGAUUCAUUAUGAAACAACUGGCCCAGAAAUAUGGAGAGACUCGGGAGGAAAAGUUGAUGCCUUGGUUUCGGGGAUAGGGACUGGUGGUACAGUAACUGGAGCAGGGAAAUUUCUGAAGGAGCAAAACUCAGAGAUCAAGAUUUAUGGGGUAGAGCCUGUAGAAAGUGCAGUCUUGUCUGGUGGACUGCCUGGAAGGCAUCUGAUCCAAGGACUAGGUGCUGGUAUAAUUCCAGAUAUUCUAGAUGUUAACCUGCUAGAUGAAAUUUUCCAAAUAUCAAGCGAGGAGGCAAUUGAAAUGGCCAAGCUGCUUGCCUUAAAAGAAGGUUUACUGGUAGGAAUUUCAUCUGGUGCUGCAGCUGCUGCUGCCAUUAAGCUUGCGAAAAGGCCUGAAAAUGCUGGAAAUCUCAUUGUGGUUGUGUUCCCUAGUUUUGGAGAACGUUACCUUUCUACUGCACUAUUUGACUCCAUUAGGCAGGAGGCAGAAAAUAUGACUUUUGAUUAAAGACUUUAAACUCAGUAGUUUGAGCUGUGCUGAGCUUUAACCCAGAAUUCUUAGAGAGACAAGAUAGUUGUUUUGUAAGUUUUAUUGGUUUAAAUUCAUGAAAGCAAUUGCAUCAGAGAUCUCUUUGCGGCAAA